AACUGCAUCUUUAGUUUCGUACCUGAUAGAUGCUUUAGAAUGGAGGCGGAUGAAAUCGCUUUGGAGUUGCUAUCUAGCCUAAAGAAGGUGACUGAUAUUCGCAAUGAAUUAAAUCUGUGCUUGGAUCGAGGUUUCAAUCAUAUUUCCAGAUCUCGUUAUCAUAGAGGAUUCCAAUUUAGUAGGUCUUUGCCUCAACAUACAAAUUUGACUUUGGAACCAAAAAAUUUAAUUUCUGUGGAUGACUGUACUAGCAAAUUUGAUUUAAUGAAGAUUGAUAACACGAAAGAAGAAGACAGCAAUUUACGUAAAAGAAAAACCGAUAAAAGCACAGAAGAAGUAAACGGAAAAAAUCCAAAUAAUCAUAAUUUUGAUAAUAAUGUUUAUAAAUAUUUAGGUAUUGCAUUAAUUCCUCAAGAACUUAGAUUUUGUCAACUAGAAUUUGAGAAAGCUACGUCCUUGUGCUGUGAAUUGGCGUCGGCCCAGAGACAGUUACAAAAAUUUCAAGAGAAAUAUAAAGAAUUGCGCAACAAAUCCGAAAAUAAAGAAGAAUAG